UGAUUAUGAAGGUGUCAUGUGAACACCCCUUCAAGUAAAGUAUGACCAGACGUACAUCAAACUGACAUUACUUUUGUGUUGUUUUUUUUUGCAGAAGAAAACAAAGUACACAGCAACAAGGCGGUUGCUCUUAAAAUCCAAACUACUGAAGAAAGCAACGUCUAUGCUCGUGGCCGAAAAAGAGCAGAAUAAGAGAGAAAGAGACGAUGCUCUCAAUGAAAGAGUUCCUCCUAUCAAACUCUCUGGUUUGUCUGCAAAGGAGCUGCAGGAACUUUGCAAGGACCUUCACCAAAAGAUUGAUGUCGUUGAUGAAGCCCGAUAUGAUCUUGAAGUCAAAGUGGUAAAAAAUGAAAAAGAGAUCCAGUCUUUGACCCAGAAAAUCUGGGAAAUGAAAGGUACAAUGAAGAGAACCCAGCUGAAGAGGGUUAAGAAGUCUGCUGACGAUAAGCUUGGAGCUCUGACCGAAUCCAAAAUGUCUUCAAAAUCAGAUUUCAAAGCCAACCUCAAGACAGUAAAGAAAGAUGAAGAAAAGAAAGAAGAGGUGACUGACUGGCGUAAGAAUGUGGAAGCCAUGUCUGGAAUGGAGGGCAGGAAGAAACUGUUCAAUGCUGGACAGUCAUAAAGUAAAAUUUAACAUUCGACACAUUCAGUUCCACAGAAAUUGCGGUAAAAGUGAACGUGAAUAGAAGAUGACAUUGUUUUCUUAUGUUUUCUCAUUGAAAACAUACAAGGGAAAGCAAUUUUCCUAAAGAAAGACCUUACUUAGAUGUGAAGGCACCCAACACAUACACAGUUCGAAGCGAAAAAAUCCAAACUGUCCAAAUUGGUAAUGCUAUUGUGAAAACUGUUUAUAAUGUUUCGUACACUGUAAAAAAAGAUUUGUUUGUUCAACUUAAAAAAUAGGUUGCUUACUUCUAAGCUUUAAAAUUUUGAGUUAAAAACUUUAAAAUAUUGGUUCCCUUACGAGAACGGAUGAGGGGAGGACCUCCCAUAGCAUCAGCUUCUGACGCAACGUCUCGUUCACGUUACUCAGGGAACCACAGUUACGAUAGUAACCAAGACAUUAACUGAAAAAGUUGAGAAACCAUGUUGUGCCAACUAAUAUUUUUAAGUUGAAUUAACUCAAAAUCUUAAAGGGACACUCCACUUUUUUGAAAAUAUGCUCAUUUUCCAGCUCCCCUAGAGUUAAACAUUUGAUUUUUACCGUUUUGGAAUCCAUUCAGCUGAUCUACGCGUCUGGUGCUAGCACUUUUAGCAUAGCUUAGCAUAAUCCAUUGAAUGUAAUUAGACCAUUAGCGUAGCGCUAAAAAAUAACCAAAGAGUUUCGAUAUUUUUCCUAUUUAAAACUUGACUCUUCUGCAGUUACAUCGUGUACUAAGACCAACAGAAAAUUUUAAGUUGUGAUUUUUUUAGGCAGAUAUGACUAGAAACUAUACUCUGGCGCAAUAAUCAAGAACUUUGCUAAUGUAACAUGGCUGCAGCAGCCGUAUUGAUUUACGGACUGCCGAAAAUAGUCCCCUGGUAUUGAAAGUAACCAAGGGGACUAUUUCGAAACUCUAUUUUUAAGCGCGAUGCUAAUGGUCUAAUCAGAUUCAAUGAAUUGUGCUAAGCUAUGCUAAAUGUGGUACCACCAGACCCGGAGAUCAGCUGAAUGGAUUCCAAAACGGUAAGAAUCAAAUGUUUAACUCUAGGGGAGCUGAAAAAUAAGCAUAUUUUCAACAAAAAAAACUGGAAUGUCCCUUUAAGGCAAGUUGAUGUAUUGCUGUUUUGUAGGUCUUGCCUGUAUUGUUACCAGUUGUCUGUACAACUGUAUGUGAAUGUAUGUAAACAUAAAUGUGAUAUUUGGUGUUUUAAAAUAUUAAGUAGCCUACAGUAAAUGUGAGUAAUAGAGUCAAACCACAUGUUAUUAAAUUGUAUGCAAUGUUGUAUGUUAAAGGAAAAUGGAUGUUAGUGUUAGAGAUGUCCGAAAUUGUAACACAUUAUACUCUAAUGGAAAUUGCAACGCAAAGCCAUUCCAAAAUUAAAUGAUCCCAUGCUAUGAAACAAAUUGUGUUGUGUCACCAUGCGUUUUUUCAAUGUUAAGCACUGCUACACCUGUGCAUCUUGUGUUACUCUGUAUGUCUGUGUGCGCAAAUGGUUUUAUAUUACCACAUGCCGUGUGUGUAUAUUUACCCAAAAUCCAUGUGAUGCAAGUUGGAUAGCUGAUUGUGAUCCUUCAAGUAUCCUCAAUUAUUUUUA